AUGUUCUUUCGGAGGCCGGCAUGCUUAAAUGCGAUUAAGGUGCUGUUUACCCCUAGUCAAGAAGCUCUAUUUACACAAUGCGAGACCAAGAUUAAAGACAAUACUGGAUGGCUAGACCGAGAAAUUGUCACCGCGGGCUUCGAAGCAGCGAAGAAAACAGCAGAAGAAGUCGAAAAGCGAGAUGAAGAGGCAAAGAUGCGAAGUGACAACAUCCUACAAUAUAUCAAGAGCAUGGUGUCUCCAACAGCUAACAUGAAUGUUACUCUGCCGUUUCGCUUUUUGCAGAAUUGCCCGAGAAGGAACGGUUUCUUCGGCAGAGACGAGCAUCUAUCUAAACUAGAUCGCUACCUGGAUCAAACUCAAGCAUAUAGUCCCCGAAAGAUGCGGAGCGUGGUUUUACAUGGGCUAGGAGGGUGCGGAAAAUCUUCCAUUGCAAGAGAGUACAUGUAUCGUCACUUCGACACCAACGAGUACCAAGUCAUCCUUUGGCUUUAUGCGGAUUCUCGGCGCAAACUAGCGACACAGUUCAUCUACAUCGCACGACAAUUAAACCAAGAUACUAGCGAAAACGAAGCGCGAGAUGUUGUAUUACAUUGGAUCAAUAAUCUUUCAAACGCAUUCCUAAUGGUAUUUGACAACGCCGACGACCCCUCAAUUCUCAUGGACUUUUGUCCUGCCUCUACAUACGGCUCCAUCAUCAUAACGAGUCGAAACCCUUUCACGCAAGAUUACUUGGCACAACACGCGCUUCCUGUCAAGUCAUUCACUGGUGAUGAAGGCUCCAAAUUCCUACACUCAAUGAUACCCAGCGAUAGGCCACCAUCAGCUGAAGACGAAGAAGCCAUUUUAUGGUUAACUCGGUUCUUCGGUGGACUACCACUUGCGCUCCGGCAAGUUGGCGCAUAUAUCACGCAUUUGAAUUGUUCGCCCUCGCAUUUCAAACAGCUCUACGAGAAAUUCCCUGGGUUUAUUGAUGACUACAAGCCUCCUGGUGCGUUAAAGCAUGAAAAGACUGUUUCCGAUGUCUGGGAAUUGUCUUCACGCAUCUUGUCCGAGGACAGCCGCAUCAUUCUUGACACUAUGUCACUGCUUGAUCCGGACUCGAUUCCCGCAGAGCUCUUCUGUAUAACAAAUGUACCCCAUGCUCAUGCAGAGGUACUGGAUAACCCGCUACGUAUUGUAGCUGCGCGAGGUCAUCUCAUGAGCCAAUCGUUGAUUGAACAUGAUCAUCAUACCAAUAGCUUCAGCAUGCAUCGUCUAGUGUCAAAGACGACAUUCGAAAAGAUGCACAAGAAUGUUUCGCGUCUGCAGCACACGUUAAAUUUUUCCAUUCAUCUGCUCCAUAGGUUCUCACCAGAGAUUGACCUGUUGAUGAUCAGAAAUCCCAGCCAUUGGACAGCCGUGGAAAAGGUACUCAGCCACGUGCGCAGCAUAUACGACCGCUGCAAGGACAUCAUCACCAACGAUGAUGCAGCGUUGCUCCUGGAAAUCAUGACCAAGAUCCUCAAUUACGGCUUCGAAUCCGCACAGUACGGCCUGGGCGAUCAAGCCUUCGCCCACAUCCAGGAACUACUGCUCAAAAUCCAGCAUCCAGACGACGAGAUACUGGCUCUCGUAUACUUUGCCCACGGUCGCCUAUGUUGCGAAACAAGUCGCCAACUACAGGCUCUGGAGGAGAUUGUACAGUCGCACACUCAUAUCAGAAAAGCCGCAGUGCACAAGCCCUGUCUUCUCAAGACGACGCUAUACAUUCGUAUUCUGUCCAACCUGGGUAUCACACAUACGGCAGUCGAGCGCUUCGAAGAAGCAGAAGUAUACCACAAGACCGCCAUACAACACUGCAAAGACCUCGGCAUGGACAAGGAAUGCAGCAUUGGCAAUCUCAUGCAGAAUCUCGCAAAUUGCUACCUAUGGGGCAACAAGCUAACAGAAGCAAAGGAAAUGCUGGAUCAAGCGCAGUUACAUCCAAACACGGCCCCCGAAGCAGUCGACUACACGCUCGGCAACUGGAUGCUCAAGAAUCAGCGCUAUGACGAGGCCAUGCAGUUGCACACAAGGGUCCUGGCCCUUUAUGCAAAGCACCUUGGUCAGAAACACCCCGUCACCGCUGACUCGUGGCAUAAAGUCGGUACAAUGUUUGCCAACAAGGCGUUUUCUGGUUAUAAUCCCACAGAAGCAGAUCCAACACAUAAUCCUAACACUCAAAAAAACACAAAUAGGCACUGCUUCCGUAAAACGCUGGAUAUCUGGCAGGGCCUCGCACAGGCGCACAAUCCAGUCGCGGACUUAUUUGUUGCGCGUGUCCAGUCAAGUCUAAGCGCUCUUCUCGACACAUUGAGCGAAGCUGGCAAUUCAGAGAGCGAGGAGCUGAGGCGAGAGGCGUGGAUAUUUUUACAGAAGAGAUUAGGAGGACGUCUAAUCGAAGGAUUGGAUCUGGAUGCGGCACUUGAAAGCCUGGUAUUUUACUGGAGUAGAUAG